AUGGUUUCUAAUUCAAUUCCAGCUGGUCUGGUGGUUACAGCCAAACAAACAUACUAUCCUAUUGAACUCUCUAACUCAGAAUUAUUAGCACAUUACGAAACUAUUCAAGAAUAUCAACAAGAUAUUCUUUCUGAUAUGUUAGCUCAAUCAAAUAAAUUCAAACCAAACACUAAGUUGAUCGAUCAACAACCUGAAAUGAAUCCAACUGAAACUAGAACCCCAACCAUUACUUUUCUUUAUGAAUUAUCUGUCAUGACAAGAGUCACUAAUGGUAUUUUCUUCCAAGCUUGUAGAUUAUACGAUCGUUAUUGUUCAAAACGUGUCGUUCUGAAGGAUCAAGCUAAAUUGGUUGUUGCUACUUGUCUAUGGCUAUCUGCCAAGACCUGGGGUGGUUGCAAUCAUAUCAUUAAUAACAUCGUUGUUCCAACUGGUGGUAGAUUCUAUGGUCCAAAUCCAAGAGCUAGAAUUCCAAGAUUAUCCGAAUUGGUUCACUAUUGUGGUGGAUCCGAUAUCUUUGACGAAUCUAUGUUUUUGCAAAUGGAGAGGCAUAUUCUUGAUACUUUAAACUGGGAAAUAUAUGAACCAAUGAUCAACGAUUUUGUAUUAAACGUUGAUGAAAACUGUUUAAUCCAAUAUGAAUUAUAUGAAAGACAAAUCGAACAAAAGAAUCAAUUCAUUAGAAAGCGUGAAUCUCAAACAUCGCAAGAUAGUGAUGCUACUGUUGACUUUAAUGAUGAUGGUUCAAAUAAUGCUACUACUGGAGGAGCCAACCAAGACAUCUCCAUGGCUAUUGAUCCAUCUAAUAUGGAUACCACUUUAAAUGAUGACGAGGAUGAAGAUCUUAAAUUAAAGAUUCAAUUGAUUAAUUUAAAAAAAUUCUUAAUUGAUUUAUCUACUUGGCAAUACGAGUUAUUAAACUUCGAAAUCUUUGAAUUAGCUUAUGGUAUCUUUUCUAUCAUUAAUAGAUUUACCAAUCAAGAUCAAGGUCCAUUCUUAGUUACACCAACACCAUCAAUCAACAAACAAACUCAAUUGUUUAACAUCUUUAUCAACGCUGUAGUCAAUACCCCUGCAUCUUUAAUUGAAAUUUACAAAGAACAAAAAGGUAUUAUCUCUUUCAUUAAGAAUGUAAAGAGUUAUCAUGCCGAUUUACAAAAGAAAAUGCAAAUGGCUUCAUCAAUUGAUUUAUCAAGAAGAAUCACUGUCAAUACAGGUUACCCACAAUCCAACUCCAACAUUUCAUCACCAAUUUACUCUAACCAAAGUUAUACACCAAUGAGAAAUGGUAGUGCCCAAUCAGAAAACAGCGUUUUUAGCGCUGCAGUUGGCCAAGGUUCACCAAUUACUCCAACAUUACAUACAUUUCAACAUCUUAAGAAUGAAAGUGCUUGUGCAAGUUCUAUGAGUGUUGCAAGCAUACCGAAUGGAAAAUUGAAUGUAUACAACAACAAUAACAACCUGAUGACCAACCAACAUCAUAUGGAUGAUCAAUAUUAUAAUGAAAGUAAUAAAGAAAACCAGUACCCAAAUCACAUACCCCCAAGGGCUAAAUUUGUCAGUACAGGGAUAUUCCAAUCUCCAAGUGGGACUAUCAACAGUAACACCUCGAGUAAUAGGUCAUCAAUGAUAUCAUUAGCUCUGGCAAACACUACAAACAGCAUGGCUACCUAA